CCAGGAAAAUUACAGAUUUGCCACGCACAUACGAUGCUUCCACCGCUCACCGGAUCACCGCCGUGCUGCUCCACACCAGUGACACCACACUACGCGCUUCUCGGCUCCCGUGCCCCCAGGGCCCACCCGCCGGGCCUCCUCACCCGCCGCGAGCGGCGGCGCUCUACCCCCAAACCUUACGCGAUUCCGCGGCGGAGCGGGGCGGAGAGGCGGCAAUGGAGUACAGGAGGGUGAAGGAUCAGGAGAGUUAUGAUGAUUUAUCUCAGAAGGAUGUAGAAAGUCUUAGUGGGAGGUCACUAUCCAGUGCAAACGCUACAGCUACUGGUCUCAGCUCUGUAGGUGGUGCAAAAGGCAAGUCUAGUUGGAAGCUAAAGUCUGUUGUUACUCUUGCAUUGACGCUGCUAACAAGUUCUCAGGCAAUAUUAAUUGUGUGGUCAAAAAGAGCUGGAAAGUAUGAAUAUAGUGUCACAACAGCUAAUUUUUCGGUCGAGGCUUUAAAAUGCCUUCUAUCACUAGCUGCUCUUUCUAGGACAUGGAACCGCCAUGGUGUUGCUGAUGAUAAUAGGUUAACUACAUCUUUUGAUGAAGUCAGUGUAUAUCCGAUUCCAGCUAUUCUUUACAUGGUGAAGAACUUAUUGCAGUACUAUAUCUUUGCUUAUGUGGACGCACCAGCUUACCAGAUCUUGAAGAACCUGAAUAUCAUCAGCACUGGUGUCUUGUACCGCAUCAUUUUGAAGAAAAAAUUAAGUGAAAUCCAGUGGGCAGCAUUUAUUCUUCUAUGUGCUGGUUGCACGACAGCUCAACUUAAUCCUUCAUCUGACCAUGUGCUUCAAACUCCUAUUCAAGGUUGGAUGAUGGCGAUUGUGAUGGCUCUUUUAAGUGGUUUUGCUGGGGUAUAUAUAGAAGCUAUCAUUAAAAAACGGCCAUCAAGAAACAUUAACGUGCAGAACUUUUGGCUAUACAUUUUUGGGGUGAUCUUCAAUCUAGUUGCAAUUUGUGUUCAGGAUUAUGAUGCCGUCAUGAAUAAAGGCUUUUUCCAUGGGUAUUCAUUCAUCACAGUUUUGAUGAUUCUGAACCAUGCACUGAGUGGAAUUGCUGUUUCAAUGGUGAUGAAAUAUGCUGAUAACAUAGUCAAGGUUUAUUCGACUUCAGUUGCAAUGCUUCUGACAGCAGUUGUAUCUGUCUUCUUGUUUAACUUCCAUUUGUCCCUCGCAUUCUUCCUUGGAUCCACGGUUGUGUCUGUCUCAGUGUACCUGCACUCUGUCGGAAAACUUCAACCACAGAAAUAAGCUUAAUUUAGUUGCUGGUCGCUGAUUGCUCUUCGGCGGACAAGAUUUCAGUCAGUCAGUCAGUAAUCACUGGAUAGCACUGAAAAGAUUGCCCCAGAUGGAGUUCAGGAUUCAUUCUUGGUGUGGUGCUUUGAGGCAAAAUUUCAGGGAGAUGGCAAAAACUCGUGGAAGCUAGAAGGCCUUGCUCUCAGUUCUUCAAAAAAAAAAAUGAAGGCCUUACUCUCUAUGCAUAUGCAACCACAUUCUUAGGUACAAGGUUAAGAGCCAGAAAUGUUUUGUGGUGGGGUUCUAGCUAUUAACCAAUUGUAGUCUCUCUUCGCUUCUAUGUAGACAUGUAGUUCGCUAACGGCUAACUGUAUUGCACCUACUGUUUUGAAAUAGCUGAUGGCCUACAGAUUUUGUAAUGCUCAAAUUCCUUUUUUUUUUAUUCUAAUCUACGUAGCUACCAUUCUCGUA